GCAUUCAAACAAGGUGGCACUAUAGCUGAACAUCCAGUGCACCGACCGCGCAUGCCUCUUCCUUGCACUGACUGGACGCGACGGUGCCUAUUUUUUCCUCCCCUCCAUCAUCAUCAUCAUCAUCCCUCUCUCUUUCUCAGGAGAUGAUGCUCGGCUCAGGCACACCUGCUUUUCACCUCUCGGCUCAGGCUUAAGUGUUAUUCCUCUCGAUUUUCCGCCAACCUUCUCUGCGGUAUUCAGACAGAGCUGCCUCAAACAGAGCUGCCUGUGUCGGCGGUCGAUCCUCCUCUUUAUUUUCCUCUUCCUCUUCCCUGCUCUCGGUGAGGGCUGUCGGGGAUGGAAGCCCGCGCUGGUCGCCUCUUCAUGGACUCGCUCUUGACGGCUAUUCUCAUUCGCGCUGUAUCUCAGAGGUGCUGACUGGAAAAACAUGCCGUUGAAAUGGAAAAGCGGUUCGCCCGUCAGCUGGAAAUUUCCCGUGCCCGUCCUUAAAACGUCCAGGUCCUCUCCACUCUCGCCAGCAUACAUCCACCGGCACUCGUUUGUGGUGUGGACCACCCACUCUCUGCUUGCUGCAUCUCCAACCUAUCACCUGACAGGAUCACUGGUGGAAGAUGAUGAUGCUCAGAUGAUGAAGGUGUCGCUGGGAUGCAGUGAAAUGGGGCUUUCCUCCCACUUGCAGGCCUCAAAAACAGGAAACACACGCUUCUUUACCAGCAACACACACAGCUCUGUGGUUUUACAGGGUUUUGACCAGUUGAGGAUUGAGGGCCUGCUUUGUGAUGUCACGUUGGUGGCGGGAGAUGGGGAUGAGGCAUUUCCUGUUCACCGAGCCAUGAUGGCCUCCUCCAGCGACUACUUUAAAGCCAUGUUUACAGGUGGAAUGAAAGAGCAGGAUUUGAUGUGUAUAAAGCUGCAUGGCGUGAAUCGAAUAGGGCUAAAGAAGAUUAUAGACUUCAUUUACACCGCCAAACUCUCUCUCAACAUGGAGAACCUACAGGACACCCUAGAGGCUGCUAGCUUUCUCCAGAUCCUGCCUGUCCUUGACUUCUGCAAAGUCUUUCUCAUUUCUGGGGUGUCACUGGACAACUGUGUGGAGGUGGGGCGCAUCGCCAACGCCUACAACCUCACAGAGGUGGACAAAUACGUCAACAAAUUUAUCCUAAAGAAUUUCCCCUCGCUACUCGGCACCGGCGAGUUUGUCAAACUUCCAUUCGAACGUCUAGCGUUUGUGCUCUCCUCCAACAGUCUAAAACACUGCAGUGAGCUGGACCUGUUCAAGUCUGCAUGCCGCUGGUUACGCUACGAAGAAGGCCGCAUGGAAUACGCCGCCAAGCUAAUGCGCAAUAUCCGAUUCCCCCUCAUGAGUCCAACAGAACUCAUAAACCACGUACAGACUGUCGACUUCAUGCGUACGGACAAUACCUGUGUUAAUCUUUUAUUAGAAGCCAGCAACUACCAGAUGAUGCCAUACAUGCAGCCGGUGAUGCAGUCGGAACGAACUAUGAUCCGUUCAGACAAUACCCAUUUAGUGACGCUAGGGGGCGUGCUACGGCAACAGCUGGUUGUAAGUAAAGAGUUGCGACUUUUUGACGAGAAAGCACAUGAAUGGAAGGCACUGGCACCCAUGGACGCCCCGCGCUACCAGCACGGGAUCGCAGUGAUCGGGAACUUUUUGUAUGUGGUCGGGGGACAGAGUAACUAUGACACGAAAGGAAAAACAGCUGUGGAUACCGUGUUUCGAUACGACCCAAGAUAUAACAAGUGGAUUCAGGUGGCGUGUCUGAAUGAGAAGAGGACCUUCUUUCAUCUGAGCGCUCUCAAAGGACAUCUAUAUGCGGUGGGCGGGAGAAACGCUGCAGGAGAGCUGGGUGAGUCAGCAAGGGAUUUAAGUGUCACAGCAGGGGACAGAUUUCCAAGGGACACGCUGUGCUUCAGUUGUUGGCAUGUUUUGUAAAUAUAACAUUAAUAGGUGUCUUGCAGUGCUAAUUAUGUGUGGAUGCAAAAA